AUCCAAACCUCCAUAUCUUCAAUCAAUACCACAAACAAUAACAAAUCUUCCAUCAACCCCAAUUCAAAUUUAACCACUUCGACGAAUAAUUCUGCAUUAAUAACAUCUACUGAUAAACUGCAUCAAUCAUCGACGGGCGUAACCUCUUCACGGGCAAAACAGUGCUUUCAAUGUGGUGAAAAAACUACCAAUCGUACCAAUACUAAUAAUAAUUCGGAUCAAUUACAGUCUUCUAAAUAUAACAUUCAAAAGUGUAUUAAAAGUGGAAACAAAGAUAACGAAGCCUUACAAAUGGCAAUAUUUGAGAAUGAAUAUUAUUGGAAUCAUUAUUUAGAAAAAAAACGUAAAUCACCUACUAGAUUAUGGGGAAACACAAAUAAUCCGGAGGGUAGAGUUGAAGUGUUAGAUGGUCUUAUACCAUUAAAUAAACGAGCUAGAUGGUUGAAUCGAUCGAAUGGUAUGUAG